UGAGAAAACAGAAAAGAAGAACCAGUCAUUUCUUUUUUUUUUUUGAAAGAGGAGAACCAUUCUUGUGUGGGUUUUGUCUCGUCGUAUCUCCUCUCACGUUGCAGAUCCGUAUUUGAUAUUGAAAUUGGGCCUCCUGAACUGUCUAUCUAUCUUUCAUAGAUCAGAUCAAGAAACUUAUUGUUCCACGGACGGAAAACAUGACAAGUAAGCUCUUAAGACGAUGUGAUACAGAUUCCGAAAGCGUAACAGCACAGUUGCUGGAUGAAGAAAAAUCAAAAGAUAUGGAGGUGGAAGCUGAAAAAGCGGAGAAGGUUACAACAGUUUCGCCGGCGGCACAACAUGUGAUGAUCGGAAAUAGUGUCAAGGAAGAGGUGAAGAAGCAGUUUUGGCUCUCUGCUCCACUCAUCGGCGUCAGCCUCCUCCAAUACUCUCUCCAAGUCAUCUCCGUCAUGUUCGUCGGCCAUCUCGGAUCACUUCCUCUCUCCGCCGCCUCCAUCGCCACCUCUUUCGCCUCCGUCACCGGUUUCACUUUCCUGAUGGGUACAGCGAGUGCGUUGGAGACACUUUGUGGGCAAUCUUACGGAGCAAAGAUGUAUGGGAAGCUAGGCAUUUUCAUGCAGAGAGCUAUGUUUGUUCUGCUCAUACUUUCAAUUCCUCUCUCGAUGGUUUGGUUUUACACUGAGGACAUUCUCGUCUUUGUCCACCAAGACAAGUCCAUAGCGAGACUUGCAGGCUCAUACGCUAGAUACAUGAUCCCUAGCAUCUACGCCUACGCGCUUCUUCAAUGCCUAAACAGGUUCUUGCAAACGCAAAACAAUGUGUUCCCUGUAUUUGUGUCCUCUGGAAUCACUACUUGUCUUCACGUUCUUCUUUGUUGGGUCUUCGUGUGGAAGUCUGGUUUAGGACACAGGGGAGCUGCUCUUGCUAUCUCUGUCUCUUAUUGGGUCAAUGUCAUUCUCCUCUCGUGUUAUGUCAAGUUCUCAGCUUCUUGCUCACAAACUUGGACUGGUUUCUCUAAAGAGGCUCUUAGCCACAUCCCUGCUUUUAUGAAGCUCGGUUUUCCUUCUGCGGUUAUGGUCUGCUUAGAGCUCUGGUCGUUUGAGCUUUUGGUUCUCUUGUCAGGCUUACUACCUAAUCCGGUUUUAGAAACUUCAACUCUUUCAAUCUGCCUUAAUACAUCAUUAACUGUCUGGAUGAUCCCGGUUGGCCUUGGUGGCACAGCAAGCACGAGGAUCUCGAACGAGUUAGGAGCAGGGAAUCCAAAAGGCGCAAAGCUGGCUGUACGUGUGGUUGUAGCCACAGUAGUUGUAGAGGGUAUUAUGAUUGGAUCGGUUUUGUUGGCGAUUCGGAAUAAAUUGGGAUAUGCCUUCAGCAGCGAUCCAAAAGUCAUCAAAUAUGUAGCAUCGAUGAUACCAAUUGUCGCUGCAGGCAACUUCCUUGACGGAUUCCAAUGCGUUCUGUCAGGGGUUGCUAGAGGAUGUGGAUGGCAGAAGAUUGGAGCUUGUGUGAAUCUCGGCUCAUAUUAUCUAGUUGGAGUUCCACUGGGGUUAUUACUUGGUUUCCAUUUACAUUUUGGUGGUCGGGGCCUUUGGCUUGGAAUCGUAUCAGCCUUAGUUGUUCAAGUGCUGUCUCUUUCCAUCAUCACAUUAGUUACAAACUGGGAUAAAGAGGCCAAGAAAGCUAAAUACAGAGUCGGGCAUUCGGAUAAGGAGGUAACUGAAGCUGAAGCAUCAAUUAUAUAGUGUAUAGUAUGAUCUUAAUGGUUCAGAGAAUGCUUCACUAUCUUCUCAUCGUCGUGUUUCAAGUUGGAUCGUCUCAGUGAGGUUGAAGCUUUCACUGCUUUUGGUAGUGUAGCUUUUUUGGUAGCGGUUUUAGAAAUUUAUGUUAGUACAGGGUAGUUUGUUGGCAAAAACCUGGAAACUACAUUAUUAGUUUGGAUUUGUUUGGAGUGUUAUGAUUCAUAUGAUGUAUAAUCGGAUUGUGAUUGAUAUCUUUGAUUCACUGCGAUGUAAAUUUCUUCAUAUAUAUAAGAUCCAUUGCGAUCGCAUGAAACAUA